GCCCUUUCCUCUCUCCUUCCUUACUUACCCUGUCCUCACUAUGUCUCUAUAUAGUUAACCCUCAUUCCGCAACCGCCACCAUUUCUCCAAACUCACACAUACAUACAUACAUAACAAGACAUGGAAGUGGAGGUGGCAGUGCCUCCUCCUCCUUCUUCUUCUUCUUCCAUGGACUUCAACUUCGACAGCACCUGCUCCUCCCCUUACAUCACCGCACCUUCCAGCCCCCAACGCUUCCCCAACUUCUUCUUCAGCGCCCCCGCCAGCCCCACUCUCUUUAACCCCCGACACUCCUCCUCCUCCAUCCCCAACACCACCACCCAAGCCGACUUCGACUUCGGUGUCCACCUCCCCAGACCUUCUCUUUCCGCCGAGGAACUCUUCCUCGCCGGAAAGAUCCGCCCUCUUAAACCCCCCUCAAUACAACCCAUCAAAAAGUCGUCACCAUCACCAUCAUUAUCAUUGUCGUUACCACCGCCACAACAUGAGUUGCGUCCAGAAAGGGCUUCAUCGUCUUCGGUUCCCGAGGAGAGAACCGAAAGAAGUGAGGAGGCAAGGAAAAGCGUGUCCGAGUGUGAUGACAACAAAAGCAACAACAAAAGCGGAGAAACCUCGUUCUUGUGGUUCACGAGAGGGUACCGAAAGUGGAGGAUAAAGGACUUUCUGCUCUUCCGUAGCGCCUCCGAGGGGAGAGCCUCGGACAAGGAUCCUUUUCGGAAGUACGCGGUUCUGUCCAAAACGACGGCGCACGAGGAUGUCCGGAACUCGAGUUUCCGGUCCGCGGGGAGUUCCGGUUCGGUUUCCCGACGGAGAGGACCGGUUUCGGCUCACGAGUUGCAUUACACGGUGAACCGCGCUGCUUCCGUGGAGUUGAAGAAGAAAACUUUGCUUCCUUAUAAGCAGGGCUUGUUGGGAUUAUUCUCUAAUAUAAUGUACUGGGAAUACAUGCCCGAGGAAAAAGAAAAGUCACAGAUAGAGACAAAAACAGGAUGAAAUGAGUGUAACAGU